GCCACUGAUCUUUUCCAGUUCUUUCAAGUUGGAAAACACAAUAAUGCUUUCUUUCAUAUCAUUUUCUCAACCAACAGACGCUAAUCACUAUGGCUCCACACGACACCACCCAGACGUCGAACAUGACUCAUUGAUGGACUUGGAUGAUGACUUGGGGGGGUCGAGGUUGACAUGCCCAGGCGAAUUCAUCACUUCAUCACAGACCUUCAUGCGCGGGCAUGGGACGUAUGUAGAUCAAGACGAAGUCAUUGCUUCCGUAGCGGGUACCAUCGAGCGGGUCAAUAAACUUGUGACAGUCCGUGCGAUCCGUUCAAGAUAUAACCCCGAAGUUGGCGAUCUUGUCGUCGGUCGAAUAACGGAAGUACAACCACGUAGAUGGAAAGUAGACGCACACUCGCGUCAAGAUGCUAUCCUCAUGUUAUCUUCAGUUAAUUUACCCGGAGGGGUACAGCGCCGGAAACUCGAAAGCGAUGAACUUCAAAUGCGAAACUUCUUUGAAGAAGGUGAUCUAUUGGUUGCCGAAGUCCAAGCUUUUUUCUCCGAUGGAGCAAUGUCCUUGCACACGAGAUCUUUGAAAUAUGGCAAGCUGCGGAACGGCCAGUUAAUAAUAGUCCCACCAAUCUUGGUUCGACGUCUGAAGUCGCACUUCAUCAGCUUACCCUGCGGUGUUGACCUGAUCUUGGGAUUAAACGGUUACAUAUGGGUGAGUAAACAUGUGAAAGAUAUUGACCAAGGAGAACAGGGACUUGACGCCGA